CACGCAUCAUGUAGUUGCCCUGGUCCAGAGCAUUGCAGUUCGCUGCGUCUCGUGGGAUUCAUCGGAAUCGACCAGAGGGCUGAGUAUCUUCGAAGACGAGGAUUGGUUUCGCGCGGCGAUCCGCAUCGACGAUGAGAAGUGGAUUGAGCGGGGAUCGACGCCAGGAGAUGACGAUGCGGUCCCUGUCUUCGUUCGCAGCUGUGCGCUUUUCGGUGUUGUGACGACCUUUCUAGAACAGUGUGCUCAGAAUCGAGAACAGAGGGAGCUCGAGCUUGACUUCAAGACACUCACGUUGAUCAUAGAACGCGCCAUGUUUUCAGGACUGGGGUGGAGUCUGGUACUCCCGAGCGAAAUCCAACGUCGAUUCGCCGCCGCUGUCUCUACAUUCCUCCAAAAAUAUCCACAGGAGGGUCUCGCGGAGGGCAGGAAGCUCGGCUGGCUGCUGUACAGUGCCAUCACGCCUCCAUCUUUCCGGGAUCAUUGGGGCGUUGAGGUGCCGGGGUGGAUCAACGAUUUGGUUGCAUUGCAGGUCCUGGACAG